CUGGUGGGCGGGGCUGCUUGAGAGGGCACCAAGAGCGGCCUUAGCAACGGUUUCUGAAUUGUGUAGGUUGCAGUUGGGCUGCGCGGCUAGCGGCUGAGACUGGGAGGUCCCGGCUGUGGGCACCGGUUUGGUGACAUGGCAUCCAACUACUGCACAGGUUCAGACCAAUGGAAGAAAAGAGCAGCAAAACUUGAACUGAAUGAAACCCAAAAGCAAGAAAUUAAAGAGGCCUUUGAUUUAUUUGAUGUUGAUGGGUCUGGAACCAUAGAUGUGAAAGAAUUGAAGAUUGCAAUGCAAGCCUUAGGAUUUGAACCCAAGAAAGAAGAAAUUAAAAAAAUGAUAGCUGAAAUUGACAAAGAAGGAAAUGGCACCAUUACUUUUGAAGAUUUUUUUGCCAUAAUGAGUGUAAAAAUGAGUGAAAAAAAUGAAAAAGAAGAAAUAUUGAAGGCUUUCAAAUUAUUUGAUGAUGAUGAUACUGGAAGCAUAACGCUAAACAAUAUCAAGAGGGUUGCUAAGGAACUGGGGGAAAACUUAACAGAUGAUGAACUUCAGGAAAUGCUUGAUGAAGCUGAUCGUGACAGGGAUGGAGAAAUAAAUGAGGAAGAAUUUUUGAGAAUGAUGAAAAAGACCACCCUUUAUUAAUAUUUUUUUAUUCCUUCUGCAAAGUUGUUAACAACAUUAUAUUUGCUAUACAGUUUCAUCAUAUCUGAAUGUAUUCAUUUUUGAUUUUUAGUUUAUAUGCACAAAUUUCUCUUGAUGUCUAAUCCAUGUGAGAAGUUACAUAUUUCUACCAAUAUGUUGUUAAAUCUACAGCAUCAAGAAACAAAGAAAAUGUAAUUUCUGUGAACCAUGGAUCCCAAAUCAGUAUUAAUUCCAACUGCUACUUUUAGAGCUCCAGGGUCUAAAGACUUAGAAUUUUUUUAAGUUUAAUGAAACUGACCCCACAUCCAAAUGAAUUGUUUGCAAACAAGCAAUUAGUUUCCCUAUUAUUUUCCUUUUGUGCAACUCUUUAAAACUGAUAAGUAUUUGCUUUUUAAUCAGUUAUUCAGAUAUGUAAAGUAUUAAAUAAAAUUGCCUAGCAACUACAUUAUUUGCUAGUUUUCCUCUUAUAAAGAA